CCUAUGUCGUCAUUUCCUGUGGGUCUGCAGGCAAAGGGAGAAGAUGGCGGCCCUGGGGGAACCUGUGCGGCUGGAGAGGGAUAUUUGUAGAGCAAUUGAAUUGUUGGAAAAACUGCAAAGGAGUGGAGAGGUCCCACCUCAGAAACUUCAGGCUUUACAAAGAGUCCUUCAGAGUGAAUUCUGCAAUGCUGUAAGAGAGGUAUAUGAACAUGUCUAUGAGACUGUGGACAUCAGUAGCAGUCCUGAAGUGAGAGCUAAUGCGACUGCAAAGGCUACUGUCGCUGCAUUUGCUGCCAGCGAAGGACAUUCUCAUCCUCGAGUUGUUGAGCUACCAAAAACAGAAGAAGGCCUUGGCUUCAAUAUUAUGGGAGGCAAAGAACAAAACUCUCCAAUCUAUAUAUCUCGAAUAAUUCCAGGUGGAAUUGCUGAUAGACAUGGGGGCCUCAAGCGAGGAGAUCAACUUCUUUCUGUUAAUGGAGUGAGCGUUGAAGGAGAACAUCACGAAAAGGCUGUAGAACUGCUGAAAGCAGCUCAGGGGAAGGUUAAAUUAGUAGUGCGGUACACACCCAAGGUCCUUGAAGAAAUGGAGUCGCGCUUUGAAAAAAUGAGAUCAGCAAAACGCAGGCAACAGACCUAAUGCAAUUCAGAACUUUAUAUUCCAUUUUGCUUUUAGCUAGAAAAGUUUUACUUGUGACCUACUGAUGGCCUCAGUGCCAGUGAUUGUAAAAAACAAACAGAAACUUCCCGUGAAAUCCUUCUUGCCAUUUUAUAAACACCUAUUUUAACAUCAUUUAUGGUUCCAGAGAUGCAUACACUUUUUUCUGACAAGAAAAAGUGAAAGGUGACGAGGGCAGUUCUGUCCUGCUGUUUUUACAGGCCUUUUUCAAAUGCAGAUUUUGUCAUAAAGUUGUUAUAGAUUUUUAAAACUGCUUUUUUAAUAUUAAAAUGUACUUUUACAUUCUUAAUCUUUUUUUAGAAAAGAAAAC